CUAUCGACCUGCAGCGCACCUACCGUAAAAGGGAGCAUCAAUCCACAACAACAAACCGGAGGCUAUUCAAAGAAGAGAGAUCGGCUUUCGAAGCUGAGGAAUCAAUGCUGGAGGACACUAACCUACUGAAGCAUCUGCAUCGACAGCGUUUUCGUUGGACUCGACACUGUUGGCUGUUUCCCACUGAAUAAAGAUGUGCCUUGAUUGCAUCGCGCAUCGCGCAUCGCCGCAAGCAGCUCCUUGAUUGUCCGAAAGUAGCUGAUCACGUGUUUUUAUGAAACGGCCGAGUCGCCAACAGCUAGAGAGAUCUUGCUUCCGCUCUCUACCGAAGUAAACAUGCUGACGCAGAACAGGACAGUGAUAGCAAUUGGGUACAUAGUGGACGGACCAAAAAUGGUUCUUCUUACAAAGUCUUCGGCUAUGCGCUGCCGGUCUUGGGAGGACGGUCCAGAGCAUAUCUGUGCCAUCAACCGUACGCACUCUAACAUAGUCAAGUUUAAGCUACACGAUGAGGAGUAUGACAAGGCUCUUCAGAAGCUAGAUGGGCUUACUCAACGAGCUCUCGCAGCACAGAAUCAGAUUCCUACCAUUGCUUCCAGAAUUGAUUCAAGUGGAACAGCAGCUCUGGUAGAAUCGGCACAGCCGCGCAACAGUUCCAGAAUCCCGCGUGGCGAGCAGCGGCAUUCGACCCCAGCCCAGCCAUCUGGUGUAUCAGUGAUCCGGGUCAGAGGCAUCAAAGGCAACGAGAACAGUACCACGGCGGCUCCGCCGGUCGGCAGAUCCCAGAUGAAGGCAAACUAG